AUGCAAGAAUCUUUUUAAGAGAAGCAAGCUCUAGCUGACAUUUUUAAUUAAAUAAAAGAUGUAGAUAUACAAAUUUUUGGGGCAAUAUUAGAAAUAUUAAGAAAGGAAAAUACUUAAGACAGCAUUGGAUUUCUAUCAAUCAUUGGGAAUCAGAGACAGCUAGAAUCAUAAAUUUUAAAACAAGUAGGAAAUUUCACCCAAGCUGAUACAGAAUAAAAAUUGUCUGUUAUAGGAAAUGACAUGAAGUAAAUUACAGGUGUCUUAAGAAAACUAAAAGAUCAUGACUUCAACAAGAAAGACUUUUCCUCUGAAGAAAUGAAGAAUCUACAUUAUUUCUAAUUAAUAGCAUCAAAGAUAAUAAAAGGAUCAUUGAAUUUCUCUAAUUUUUAGUUCACCUCACAUCUAGAGAUAACACUUUGA